AUGGAGUUUCCUAGCCUUACCAAGUUUCAUAUCCCUCAUGUCUCAUUUUUUGUGGUUUUAUCUAUCGCUACCAUAGUAGUGAACCCAGUAUUUGCAACCAGAGAAUGUGCUUUCCCUGCCAUCUUCAACUUUGGUGAUUCAAAUUCAGAUACUGGUGGCUUAGCUGCUUCCAUUUUAGCACCAACACCACCUUAUGGAGAGACCUAUUUUCGCAGACCCGAAGGAAGGUUCUCUGAUGGCCGUCUUAUCAUUGAUUUCAUAGCGCAGAGUUUUGGGUUACCUUAUCUAAGUGCAUAUCUUGAUUCCUUGGGGACCAACUUCUCUCAUGGUGCAAACUUUGCUACAGCAGGAUCAACAAUUAGACCUCCACCUAGUGUUUUACCUCUGGGUGGAUUCAGCCCUUUCUACCUUGAUGUUGAGUAUACUCAAUUCAGAGAGUUCAAAUCUAAAACACAAAACAUUAGACAUCAAGGAGGCAUCUUUGCAAGCUUGAUGCCCAAAGGAGAGUAUUUUUCUGAAGCUUUGUACACAUUUGAUAUUGGUCAAAAUGAUCUUGGUGCUGGCUUUUUUGGAAACAUGACUGUACAACAAGUCAAUGCUACAGUGCCUGAUGUAGUAAAUAGUUUCUCAAAAAAUGUUAAGAGCAUAUAUGAUUUGGGAGCUAGAUCAUUUUGGAUACACAACACAGGACCCAUUGGCUGCCUCUCUUAUAUUUUGGCCAAUUUUCUAUCAGCUGAAAGGGAUGCCUAUGGUUGUGCAAAGCCAUAUAAUGAAGUAGCUAAAUAUUUCAACCAAAAGUUAAAGGAAGCUGUGGUUCAACUUCGCAAAGACCUUCCUCUAGCUGCAAUCACAUAUGUAGAUAUCUACUCUGUCAAGUACUCCCUUUUCAGCAAUCCUAAAAAAUAUGGAUUUGAGGACCCACUAAUUGCUUGUUGUGGCUAUGGAGGGGAGUACAAUUAUAGUGAUAGUGUUGGAUGUGGAGGAACCAUAGAUGUCAAUGGCACAAAAAUUUUUGUGGGUUCAUGUGAAAGGCCACUUGUUAGAGUGGAUUGGGAUGGGGUCCACUACACAGAGGCAGCUAACAAGUUUAUCUUUGAUCAAAUUUCUACUGGAGCUUUCUCAGAACCUCCCAUUCCCUUGAAUAUGGCAUGUCACAAAAAUUCUAUUGAAAACUAUUGA